AUGGGUAUUAAACACCUGUUCCAGGUGAUCUCCGAGAAUGCCCCCGAUGCGGUCAAGAACGGGGAUAUCAAGAAUCACUUUGGUCGCAAGGUCGCCAUUGAUGCGUCGAUGAGUAUCUACAGCUUCCUCAUCGCCGUCCGGUCGGAAGGACAGCAGCUGAUGAGUGAGUCGGGCGAGACCACCUCCCACCUGAUGGGCAUGUUCUACCGCACCCUACGCAUGGUCGACAAUGGCAUCAAGCCCCUCUACGUGUUCGACGGCGCCCCGCCCAAGCUCAAGUCCGGGGAGCUGGCCAAACGGUCGGCGCGCAAGAGCGAGGCCACCGAGGCCCACGAGGAGGCCAAGGAGACGGGCACGGCGGAGGAUGUCGAGAAGUUCUCGCGGCGCACGGUGCGGGUCACCCGCGAGCACAACGCCGAGUGCAAGCGGCUACUGCAGUUGAUGGGGGUGCCCUACAUCGACGCGCCCACCGAGGCCGAGGCCCAGUGCGCCGUUCUGGCUCGCGCCGGCAAGGUCUACGCGGCCGCCUCGGAGGACAUGGAUACACUCUGCUUCGACUCCCCCAUCCUGCUGCGGCACCUGACGUUCAGCGAGCAGCGCAAGGAGCCCAUCCAGGAGAUCCACCUGCCGCGGGCGUUGGAGGGACUGGGCAUGGAUCGAUCACAGUUCAUCGACAUGUGCAUCCUUCUCGGCUGCGAUUACCUCGAACCGAUUCCCAAAGUGGGACCCAACACAGCGCUCAAGUUGAUCCGAGACCACGGGUCACUGGAGGAGGUGGUGGCGGCCAUCCAGAGCGACCCGAAGCAGAAGUACGUGCUGCCGGCGGACUGGCCGUACCAGGACGCGCGGGAGCUGUUCUUGAACCCGGACGUGCGGGGGGCGGACGACCCGGCGUGCGACUUCAAGUGGACGGCGCCGGACGUCGAGGGACUGGUGGCCUUCCUGGUGCAGGACAAGGGAUUCAACGAGGACCGGGUGCGCAACGGGGCGGCGCGACUCCAGAAGACCCUGACGAGCGCGCAGCAGUCGCGACUGGAGGGAUUCUUCCGGCCGGUGGCGCGGACAGACGCGGAGAAGGCAUCGCUGAAGCGCAAACACGAGGAGAAGCUCCAGGCGGAGAAGAAGCGCAAGAAGGACGAGGCCAAGGCGAAGAAGGAGGCCAAGGCGAAGCCCCGGGGGCGGCCCGGAGUCUACCCUCUCCGGGUAUCUUGAUCGUGGUUGAUCUUGAGUCCGUUCAUGUCUGCUACCAAUCUAUACAUAAUCACGAUCCGCUCGGGUGAAACCGGAGAUGGACUCGGGUCUGGCCCCGCCGCCUCAGGCAGGACCCCGCCUCAGGCCCUCCCCGCCUCAGGCAUGACGAAACCAGUUGGCGUCAGAAACCGAAUUGAGGAUCGACAAUUGAGAAAAAUA